AUGUAUACCAGGUCCUCUUUGAAGGAGCAAACGACACCUGUGGCUCUCACUCUGUCAGAUACCUUUGCCAUUGUUUCGAAUGUGUCUUUUGUAGACUAUGACCUGGAUCUGGGAGAGAUUGGUGGUCCAAUCACUUGGGACGGCAGCGAUGUGGCAGAAGUCACCGGCUAUGCAGUCUACUUGGCUCGUGCAGCUCCGGCCUUUGGUGAAGCACGCUUCUGUGCUUAUGCAUGGGAGUCACUGCGUGCCACCGGCGCGGUGAUUGAGAACGCCGAGAUCCUCGGAAGUGAUUCCAUGGCAGGUGAGUGGGCAUCGGGGGCCUCUGUCAUCUCGGGAAGCUUUCAGCUCACUGCCCUGGGCAACGCUGUGGCCCUCCGCAUGGCCACGAGAGCUUCCGUGGCACACCUUCUGAGCAUUGAUUCCACCAAUGUCAGUGCUUCUGUCAAUGGUGCUCGACGUUUAUCAAGGCAGCUGAGCAGCGAAACGUCGAUGAGUUUUCAAGCGGUUGUGCCGAGCAUGUCUUUGACCGCCUCCCUUGACCUCCUGUUGGCUGUUUCAGCAGAGCCGGUACCCUUUGCGGCCAUGAUGGCGCACUUCCUCUUUGCACUCGGAGUAGAUAGGGCCAUCUCCACAGAAGUGAUGAUCAGCGGAAUGCAGGUGUUCGAGGUGCCCAUGAGCCAGUGGAUGCCAGAGGAGGGCAAUGAAAGCGUUUCGGGCCUUUCAGCAGAGAAUUUGGGCGUCUCACUACCGACGCAGCUCUUGGCAGUCUGUGAGCGCAUCCAGGUGGCCAACGUCUCGGUUGGCAUUGAACAGCUGGAUUUGCCUCCAGAGUUUGACCUCCAGAACUGGACGCACAUUUUGGUCUACAGCGUUGCCAAUGGUGCGGAGCAGUCGACACCGGCAGCUUCGCGCAUUGAGGACGUGAGCAGUAGUAUAUCUGCCCUCCGGUUCGUUGACAAGGAUUUGGAUGAAGGUGACCUGGGAGGUCAAGUGCAGUGGGCCGCUCCCAAUGAUCUCAGGAGACUGGAAGCUUACAGAGUGUACUUGACGAAGAACAUGGAGCAUUCUCUUGUAGGUGCGGAGAUUCCAGUUGGCACCAACGAGAGAUCCAUCCCAGCGGAUACCAUCUCAUGGCCUGUGCUGGAAGUCUUCACUAAGUCCCAGUUGGCCGAGCAAAGCACACCAGUCAGCCUUGCUAUCUCAGAUACAUCCUCAUCUGUCUCGGCCAUUGAUUUUGUGGAUGACGAUUUGGACCUCACAGAUCUUGGAGGCCAAGUCUCGUGGGUAGCUCCUGCGGACCGGGCACAAGUGUCACAAUACGUGGUCUACCUAGCGGAGGCCUGUCAGGACAGUGUGGUGGCGGAAGUCACAGGAUCAAUUUCUUUGAGCCUACCGGGUGCUACACAGGAGCAGGUCAUCGCGGCUGUUAAGACCAGCUUAGCUGCGUCUCUUGGAGUCAGUGAGGCGACCAUUGUUCUCACAUCAAUUACAGCUGGGCGCCGUUUGAGCACCACUUGGGACAUCACCUACAGCCUUUCUGUCCCAGUUGCCCAGGCUUCACAGUUGGUGUCGCAAACAUCCGCCAUUAGCGCUGAUGCCAGUGCCUUCUUGUCAACGCUCAGGCAGGAGCUGCUGGUUCAAGGCGUUGACAGUGUCUCGGUGAAUUCCAUGGUCCUUCUGUCUUUCCCCACUGCUACUGUGAGAGUUGUGAUUGUGGACUCGUCUAACACCACUGAUGACAGUGAUCCUUUGCCAGAUGGCAACACCUCCGACGGUGUACGACGCUUGGAUCGACGCUUGUCCACAUCCCCUGGAGCAGUGCCGCUGUGGAUUUGCACCGCAAACCUCUUGGACAAUGCCACGGUCAAUGAGACUGUCCUGGACAUUCCGGCAGACACUGCAUUACGCCUUGCCUUCCAAGACCUGGACUUAGAUCUUGGAGAGUUUGGAGGCUUAUUGUCGUGGUCACCUGCCUCAGACGAAGACUUGGUGGAAGACUAUUUGGUUUACUUCGGAGCCCCUGCGGUCUUGAUAAACGGACACUGGAUGUGCGCGUCCAUGGAGGAUGGCACCAACGACACCAGCGACGUGAACGGCACGGGGUGGUGUCCAACGCUUUACUUUGGAAGAGUUCCAGUUGGAACCGACGCUCAGCUUGCAUCAGAGCGGCUUCUGAAGGACCUGGACAUGCACGACCUUGGUGGCGUUUUGAGCUGGGAACCUCCCGAGACUUUGCGAUGGGUCACCAGUUACUACGUCUAUUUGGCUGAGGAUGCAGCGGGAAGUGCACGGUCACAGAUCCAGCCGAUGCUAAUGGCAGGUGACAAUGACAUCGACGUGCCAGCGGAGACGCCACGAUUGAACUUCACCCACUUUGUGGUGUAUACAGCCUCGAUCCUGGCGGAGCAAACCACCCCGUCUUUUCGAGCGAUCCAAGAUGAAGCCUCCCGAGCAGCCAAUGUCAGUUUCAUUGAUGAGGACCUGGAUGAGUUCGAAGUGGGUGGCCCACUCACAUGGUUGGAGCCAGAAGACUUCAGUGAAGUCACCGCUUACAAUGUAUACCUUGCAGAGAGCAGAGAUGGUGAAAAUCGAUCCUUGCUUGGGAACGUUUCAGUUGGUACCAACAGAUUCGAUGUGCCGGCUGAUACCCAAUUGGCGAGCUUUACUCACUUGGUGGUCUUUGCAGAGUCCAGUCUCGUCGAGCAAACCACACCGGCCGCAGUGCGAAUCAUUGAGACUGUGGCGUCGGUCUCGGCCUUGAACUUCGUUGAUCAGGACUUGGAUCCAGCUGAACUUGGAGGCUUUUUGUCGUGGCGAGCAGCAAGCUCACCUUUGGUACAGUCGUACAAUGUCUAUUUGGCCAGUGAUGCUGUUGGCACGGGGCGAUUGCCUGCAGCUGGUGGAAUCAUCUCUGUCACUCAGACUCAUGCUAUUCUACCUGCGGAUACUGCCAUCAACAACUUCACACACUUCCUGGUCUUCACGGAGUCGGUCCUUGCGGAGCAAAGCACCCCGGUGGCAACCCCCCUCAGCGAUUCCUUCGGCCUGGCGAGGAACAUCGAUUUCUACGACCUGGACCUUGACGAUGGUGACCUGGGUGGAAACCUUUCAUGGCAGCCGCCGGUGGAUGACAGCCUAGUGAUUGGAUACAAUGUCUUCCUGGCAGAUGCAGCGCCAUGUCAGGACUGUGGGAGAAGCGCAGUUGCGAACCUCUCCGAGACCCUUGUGCAGAUUCCUGCAGACACGCCAGUGCUCAAUUGGACAGAUUUUCUCAUUUAUGCUCGGUCAAGCUUUGCAGAGCAGAGCACACCUGCGACCUAUGCUGUCGUGGAUGCGAACGCUAGUGUCUCGGGGAUCAACUUCGUGGACAAAGACCUCGAGUAUAAGGAGAUUGGGGGCACCUUGCUUUGGACGGCUCCGGAUUCAGAGCGAGUUGAGAGUUAUGGAAUUUACUUGAGCGACGCUUCCCAGAAUUCAAGAAUCACUUUGGGCUAUGUUGGCCAAGCCAGCACCACGAGGUUGAUCCCUGCAGAGACCGAAACCUAUGGGCUGGAAUUCCUGAGCAUCUACACGCGCUCUAUCCUAGCAGAGCAAAGCACGCCUGUGGCAUUGGAGAUCUCUGACACUGGGGCCGUGAUCACGAAUGUGAGCUUUGUGGACUAUGAUUUGGAUGAAAGUGAUUUGGGUGGAAACCUGUCUUGGACAGAGCCGGAUGAUUUGAGUCAGGUAGAACAAUACAACAUUUACUUCGCCACCACCAGGUGUGACUCCUCCGAUGGAUUUGCGAACUCUUCGGAGGAGAGUGACUCGAGGCUCGAAGUGUCCUUCUGCGACCGCACAUUCUUCGGAACAACUCCUUUAGGUGAUAGCGACAUCGCUGUGCUGCCAGAGACCUCCCUUGGUAACUUUACACACUUCUUGGUGUAUGCCAACUCCUCCUUGGCCGAGCAGAGCAUCCCAGCCUGGCAUGAGAUCUUUGACAUGAAUGCUAGUGUCUCGGGCAUCCAUUUCGUGGAUCUUGACCUGGAUGAGACUCAGCUAGGCGGAAACAUCUCAUGGACAGCUCCAGCAGAUCCCAGUCGUGUGCAGGACUACGUGGUGAGCCUCUCAAACGACGCCCUUCAACGAUCUGGAACUGCUGAGACUUCCGACUUGGGUGUAGUUGCCAGCGAGGAGCUGGUGCUACCUCCUGAAGCGCCCAUUGCAGACUUCAUUCUGGUCUACACUCGAUCUCAAUUGGUGGAGCAAACGACCCCUGUGGCUUUCGACAUUGUCGACGCUGUCGCAUCUGUCUCAAACAUCACCUUUCCCGAUCACGACCUGGACGAGACGGACAUCGGUGGCACUCUUUCUUGGCUGCCACCAACAACUGUGGGCAGUGAAGAAGUGACCAUCUACAUGGUGUAUUUGGCAACAAUGUCUGGAGUUAGCUGUGGAUCACACGACUGGUGCGUGCGCUCCUACUUCGCUCAAGCUCCUGCAGAGAUGGACAACAUCUCAGUGCCCCCUGAGACACCGCUGGAGAACUUCACACAUUGGCUGGUCUUUACUCGCUCCAGAUUGGUCGAGCAAAGCACCCCUGUGGCGCAUGAGAUUUUUGAUGCAGUCUCCAGCGUUUCAGGAAUCCAGUUCACCGACAAGGACCUCGACAUCCUUGAACUUGGUGGCACUGUUACUUGGCUUGAGCCUGUGUAUUCUAUGCGGAUCUCCAACUACAAUCUCUACCUUUCAAUGGAUCCCGCUGGACUUGGACGCAAUGCAUUGGGCUCUGCUGUGCAGCAACAGCUGCUGAUUGGCCCGGAUGUGCCAAGUGAGGGCUAUUCCUUCAUUUCGGUCUACACGGAAUCCACCUUGGUUGAGCAGACUACACCUGUGUCGCUGCAAUUCUUUGAUCGUGAAUCAUUGGUGCAGAACGUGAGCUUUCCUGAUUUUGAUUUGGACUACGAUGACUUGGGCGGCACAUUGGAAUGGGGCACACCACAAGACGACACUCAGGUCACACAUUACGUCGUUUACAUGGUGGUGGUACCUGCAGAUGACUUUAUGGUGAACGACUGCGAGGCCAUGAUCACGGAGGAUUCGAUUUUCGAGUGGUCGCCUCCUGGCUUCUCGCUGAUUGGUGCCUACCAAAGCAAUGUCUCAACUAUUUGCAACAGGUCCUUUUAUGCAGUGGUGCCGGUUGGCACCCAGAUGAUCCAAGUGCCUCAGAACCUCAGCCUUCACCCAUACACACACUGGGCGGUCUACACCAAGUCGACGCUGGUCGAACAGAGUACACCAAGCUCGUUGCUGAUCUAUGACUACGUGGCCAAUGUCUCGAACAUCACGUUCCAAGGCUUGGACUUGGACUAUGCACACUUGGGCGGCACCAUCGAGUGGGUAGAGCCUGCUUUGACUCAGCGCGUCUACAGCUAUGUGGUGUACCUGGCAGAAACUGCGAUGGGAGAAUACCGCUCGCAAGUGGAGAAUGAGGUUUUGGUUGGGGGUCAUCAACUGCUGGUGCCUCCAGAUACACUUCGUUUGUCCUACACGCACUUCGUCAUUUACACAAAGUCAACACUUGCGGAGCAGACCACUCCAUCGUACUUGGCAUUCUUAGAUGAAAUCUCUGUUGCUGGCAACGUGACCUUUGUAGAUGACGACUUGGACCGUCAUGAGAUUGGGGGUGACUUAGUGUGGCUUCAGCCUGAAGAUGACUCGGAGGUGACCCACUACAUUGUCUAUUUGGCAGAAGACAGGAGUGGCAGCAAUCGUUCCCUGUUGGGGAAUGUCUCUCAGGGAGUGCACCUUUUUGCAGUGCCACCGGACACGCCCUUGAUGGCCUUCACUCACUUGUGCAUCUUUGCCAGGUCGGUACUGGUUGAGGCGACGACACCGAGCUCAGUGUUGGUGGUAGACAUUUCCUCGAGCAUCUCUGCCUUGAGCUUCACGGAUUUGGAUUUGGAUCCUUUAGAGCUCGGAGGGUGGAUUACAUGGACACCUCCAGGGAAUUUUGCAAGAGUCGUUAGCUACAUGGUCUACUUGGCCACCGACCCGUUUGGUGCUGGACGCGUGCAGGUUGGAGAAGUGCCAUUGGGUGGAAGCUCCCAGCUGCUGUUGCCAGAGACAACACUGGAUGCGUUUUCGCAUGUGGUGGUCUACAGCAAAUCAAUACUGGCUGAACAAAGCACGCCAGUUGCGUUCAGUAUCGUGGACAAUGUGGCACAAGUCUCGGAUAUUGUGUUCCCUGAUUUCGACCUGGAUGCCGAUGAUCUUGGAGGUAUUUUGGAGUGGCAAGCACCUUCAGACACAUCGAAGGUGAGCCAGUAUGAGGUGUACAUGCUCGAAGUCAGCGUGGAUUCUCCAAACUGCAGCUUCCGCAAUAGCACCUUCUCCAUGGACAGCACCUGUGAACGCCGACAUUUUGGCAGCUCUCCCGUGGGUGUUGAGAAUUUGACUGUGCCCGUCGACACAGCCGUGGAGAAUUACUCCUACUUUGCCAUUUUUUCACGAUCCAGCUUGGUGGAGCAAACCACACCUACUAUGCACCUGUUUGAUGAUAUGAUCGCCAGCGUUUCCAACAUCAGGUUCACAGAUCAGGACUUGGAUGACGAGGAGAUUGGAGGGAGGAUCCUGUGGACUCAUCCUUCGCUGAUGCAACGAGUCUACACGUACCGUCUUUACCUCUCGUCCACGGACUACGGCCUGCAACGUUCUUUGAUUGCAGAGCUGCCCAAGACGAUGUCAGCGGAGGAUUUGCCGCCUGAGACUGAAGCAGCUCCAUUUCUAGCGAUUUACACCACCUCCACGUUGACAGAGCAAACUACACCUGUUGCCCUUGCAGUGGAGGACAAGUUUGCACCAGUCUCCAAUAUAAGCUUUCCUGACUUCGAUUUGGAUGAGACUGACUUGGGAGGAACAUUGACAUGGGCACCACCGCUGGAUGAAAGCCAAGUGGAGCAAUAUAUGAUCUACUUGGCGAUGUUCACGCAGAAUGCAUCUGAAUGCCCAGACACUGCAGAUAGCACCAGCUUUGUUGCCCUCGUCACAGGCUCCAUGACCCUGACCUUGGCUGGUGCAAGUCCAUCUCAGUUGGAAAGUGCCAUGAAGGCAUCUUUGGCUGCUUUCCUCUCGGUCCCCAUCAGCUGGAUAUCAGUGUCUGUGAACCCCGCGGCACGCCGCCUCAACAGGCGAGAUCGCCGCCUUUCGACCAGUUGGACAGUGCAAUAUCAAGUGGUGGUGCCAGCGGGCAGUGAGGCCUCCGUGGUGGCCAGUGCCAACUCCUUGGGCAGCUCGAACAGCUUUGAGGCCUCCUUGGCAGCGGAACUGGUGGCUGAAGGCAUCAGCAGUUCUGACGUCGCUGGCUUGACAGUAGUGAGCUUUUCGACAGUAUCGGUGUCCUUUGUCUUCCCAGAGUCCGUGACACCGCUGUUUUCAGCGAACCAGACUGAGAAUGCCACAAGCAUCUUCGAGGUCAUAACCACAAGCUCUACCAGGACCACAACCACGAGCAUCACAACCACCAGACGUUCCAAUGCCAGUGAGGAUAGUCACGAUGUGACUCGGCAAAUGAGAUGCCCUUUGUUCCUAGUAGCUUUUGCUACGAGGAGUAAUGCCAGGAGCUACUAG